GUUAUAGGAAGGCAUUGCAGUGAAUCAGUGAUAGAGGAAAUGGCCAAAGCAAUAGUGUGUGCUGGGAGCUGUGGUGCGGUGGCAUUUUUUCGACGGGCCAUGUGUAUAGAAUGAGGACUGGAGUCCAGAGGGAUUAAUACAAACUAUAAAGUUUUCUUCUCCAAAUCCAAUUUCACCUUCUUCUUCUUCUUCUGGAAACCCUAGAAAAUAAAAUAAAAAAGAAUGAUGAAGAAGAAGAAGAAGCAGGUGCCGGAGUGGUUGAAUAGUUCUCUGUGGUACUCUCCCUCCGACCACCACCGCUUUGACCCUCCCUCUCCUCCCUCUCCUCCUCCUCCUCCUCUCCCUCCCCCUGUCUUGGUCAGAGAAGAUCCACCGACAAUCCCAACCAAUCACAGCAUUUCUUCUGCGUCUGCUUCUGCUUCCUCCGCCGCUCAGACUCAGUUGUUGGUCGAGUUAUCUAGGAAGGUGAUAGACAUGCGUGAGUUGAGAAGAGUCGCUUCUCAAGAUAUUGCCGCCCCCGCCUUACGUCCUACGCUCUGGAAGCUUUUGCUUGGAUAUCUUCCGCCCGAUCGUGCCCUUUGGUCCUCUGAAUUAGCCAAGAAGAGGUCACAGUACAAACAUUUCAAAGACGACCUCCUCAUGAAUCCUUCAGAAAUCAUCAGGAGAAUGCACAACUCCACUUCCCAUGACAUCGAUGAUGCAAAGCCUCAUACUCGGGCCUUGCUUUCUAGAUCACAAAUCACUCACGGGGACCACCCUUUGAGUCUUGGCAAGACCAGCAUAUGGAAUCAGUUCUUCCAGGACACAGAGAUCAUAGAACAGAUUGACCGAGAUGUAAAGCGUACUCAUCCAGAUAUGCACUUCUUCUCGGGUGAUUCUCAAUUUGCAAAAUCUAAUCAGGAGGCUUUUAAGAACAUAUUAAUUAUUUUUGCUAAGUUGAACCCAGGUAUAAGAUAUGUUCAAGGGAUGAAUGAGGUAUUGGCUCCUCUCUUCUAUGUGUUCAGAAAUGACCCUGAUGAGGAAAAUGCGGGCUUUGCUGAAGCGGACACAUUCUUUUGUUUUGUUGAGCUAUUGAGUGGGUUCCAAGAUAAUUUUUGUAAACAACUUGACAAUAGUAUCGUUGGAAUCCGCUCCACUAUUACAAGAUUGUCCCAGCUUUUAAAGGAACACGAUGAAGAACUGUGGCGUCAUCUUGAGAUCACUACCAAGGUCAACCCCCAAUUCUAUGCAUUUAGGUGGAUUACUCUCCUCUUGACUCAGGAAUUUGAUUUUGCUGACAUCCUUCAUAUUUGGGACACCCUUUUAAGUGAUCCAGAGGGUCCUAAGGAGACACUUCUCAGAGUAUGCUGUGCAAUGCUAAUUCUCGUUCGUAGGCGCCUUCUAGCGGGUGAUUUCACUUCUAACCUCAAGUUGCUGCAAAGUUACCCCUCUACAAACAUUAGUCAUUUGCUCCAUGUAGCAAAUAAGUUACGUGUACAGUCAGUCUAAUGGUUUUCACUGCUGAUUUUUAGCUUUUUGCUUGUCUCUAACGUAGUGUUUCCAAUUUAAUGAUUGUAAAUUACUCUGUAAAUGUUGGUUCGGGGGCAGCAAUUUGUAUUUUUGCAUAAUCUGAUUUUUUUUUCUCCAUUUUUUAUGAAUGGUAAUCCCACAUUACUAUGAUCCUGGUGAAAUUCGCCUGUAUUCAGUUAUUCACCCUCCAAAUAACAAGAAAUUAUUGAAACUUUAA